AUGAACAGAACCCAAUUCAAUCCAAUCCAGUCCAGUCCAGUCCGUGUCGAAGAGGUAUCACGCGAAAAAAAGGGGGAAAAGGCCAAUGGGAUGUACAUGCUUCACCAGGCCAAAGCCCCAAUCAAUCGCUCUCGUUUGCCAUUUCCCCUUCCCCUCCAUAAGAUGAAUGAAAUCCGAAUCCAAAGCAAACAUAAUGGCCAAGAGUUCAGGGACGUGGUAAUGUACAAGGUGUGGAAUGCUAAAAGGUGGCCAGGUGGCAAGAUAAAGGCAAAAAUAAAAACACAGCCGUAG